GCGACCACAUCACGUGUCUCAUCACGUGACAUUUACACCAUGAACGUAAACAAGCAGACGACAGGUGUGCCGUCGAUUUACAACGUGUGCAUUUAUUACAAUUGACAUUUUAUUUGAGCUGAUCAAGUUACAUUAGUGAUCUCGGUAAAAAGUAGUUGUUUGCUGAAUAUGAGCUAUUACUUACGUUUGGUAACUUGACACGAAGCAUUUUCCGGUCCAAGCGAACGAAAGUGGUGUUGUCAGAAGAUCAAAGCUGCAGAUGCCACUAACUCGGAGGUCACAAGAUAGUGACUCUGUCACACCUCAUCAAGAUGCUGUUGAGCAUUGUAUGACCGGAGUGGACAAAGAAGACUUCACUGUUCGCUUCAUUAGCCAAUAUAAAGGACAAGGCGUGUUUACAACAAAACACUUCCAGAUGGGUGACUUUCUGUUGGAGUACAUAGGGCAAACCUUGUCUGCUGUUGAGGGGGAAGAACGCUUGACUUGGCCUGAUGUGGGCAGUUUCUUAUUUUUUGUGAACAAGAAUUUGUGUAUUGAUGCAACUGACAGCAGAUGCUAUGGUAAAUUCGUGAAUGACAGCAUGACAAAAAGGAGAGCCAAUGCCUUUAUGAAGCCCCUUUACCUUCGAGACAAAACGCAUUUGUGUUUGUUUGCCAAGAGGGAUAUUUCACCAAACGAAGAAGUCACAUACUAUUAUGGACCCACAGAUGAACAGAUGUACUGGAGAUUGGACAAACAGCCAGAACAGUUUUAUAACGCAGAAACCCCCGAAAGACCUCCAGUUGAAAGACCACCGACCAGUCCAGUUCAUAUGUCUAUCGGUACUUCAGUAGAAACCCCCGACAGACCUGUUGAGAGACCACCGAUCAGUCCACUUCAUACGUCCAUCAGUACUUCAGGAGAGACCCCUGACAGACCUCCAGUUGAAAGACCACCGAUCAGUCCAGUUCAUACGUCCAUCAGUACUUCAGGAGAGACCCCCGACAGACCUGUUGAGACCCCCGACAGACCUGUUGAGAGACCACCGAUCAGUCCAGUUCAUACGUCCAUCAGUACUUCAGUAGAAACCCCUGACAGACCUCCAGUUGAAAGACCACCGAUCAGUCCAGUUCAUACGUCCAUCAGUACUUCAGUAGAGACCCCGACAGACCUGUUGAAAGACAGCCAAUCAGUCCAGUUCAUACGUCCAUCGGUACUUCAGUAGAAACCCCUGACAGACCUCCAGUUGAAAGACCAUCGAUCAGUCCAGUUCAUUCGUCCAUCAGUACUUCAGGAGAGACCCCCGACAGACCUGUUGAAAGACAGCCAAUCAGUCCAGUUCAUACGUCCAUCGGUACUUCAGUAGAAACCCCUGACAGACCUCCAGUUGAAAGACCACUGAUUAGUCCAGUUCAUUCGUCCAUCGGUACUUCAGUAGAAACCCCCGACAAAUCUCCAGUUGAAAGACCACCAUGCGCUCCAGUUCAUACCUCUGUCGGUACUUCAAUAUGCUGUUCUGCAUCACUCAACCUGCUUCAAGACGCAGCCAGACCAGGUCCUAUUGACACACAAACUUCUGACAUGGGCGUGGCAUCUCCAGUGGUUCAUACCACUAUCCAGCCUUCUUUAUGCUGUUUGGAGGCAUGUUUAGAGUCUUCAGAUUCUGAUGUCAUCACACGAAACAUAAGGAAGACUAUACCUUUGAUACAGUCUGCUAGUGAAACUUGCAUUUCCAAUUCUAUGUCUGAAGACGAUGACUUGUCUGAUGUGUUUCUGAUGUUAAAUGCUCAGCCUACGUCAAAUAGCAAGCAGGAAGUUUGUGUGAGUAUUGCACAGUACAACAGACACUAAAGUCA